UUGUCAUGAUAGUUGUCAACGCUCUAACCUCAUAUUUUCGUAUUUUGUUAUUGUUAUCUUUAAAGUAAAUGAAUAGUUCUAAGUUUUCGGUUCUAUUUUAAUAUAGCUAAUAAGAUAAAUAGUGUUCGUUGUACCAACCAACAUACAGUAUGGACGGGCCACCCGGCACUAGUUCUGCCAACAGUGGGCCGCUGGGUCCACCGCCGGGAAUGCCAAGCUUUCCUCCAAUACCACCGCCACCUAUGGGGACCGGAGGGAUGCCUCCACCACCUGUGGGACCACCUGGAGCUAUGCCCCCAGUUACUUCGCCUGCUCCACCUCCAAAUAUGCCCCCGCCAAAUAUGGGUCCACCGCCUGGUAUGAUGGGCAUGGGACCACCGGGUAUGGGUCCCCCACCUCCGCCUGGGAUGGGUCCUCCUCCGGGUAUGGGGAUGGGGCCAAUGGGACCACCAGGCAUGCCGCCACGAAUGCCGCCUAGUAUGAUGCGUGGAGGGCCAAACAUGAAGGGUAAUUUUAAUCCAGCAAUGGACUUAGGCCCGCCUGGAAUGGGACCGCCACCUAACAUGGGUCCACCAGGCAUGGGUCCACCAGGCAUGGGUCCACCAGGCAUGGGACCUGGGAUGGGUCCAUGGGAAGGACAAGGGCCACCUCCUGGGCCGCCAGGAUGGGUACGGCAGGGUAGAGGAGACGGCCCUCCAGGUUGGGAUGACCAGGGCGAUGAGCAAGAUGAUGAUGAUAGAGAAAAUGAUGACUCUGAUGCACCCCAAGGAUUAUUGCCAUCCUUGUUAACUAUGAAGAUUGAUACACCAGAAGAGUUUAGGAACAAAGUACAGGCUAUCCCUGCUCCAAUUGGUGUUGUGCUGCCAAAAGCUCUAGAAGAAGCGCUAGCAUAUAAGGAUCAAAGACAGGCUGCACUGGGAAAUGAAAAUGAAAAAGCAAACAAACAACCGCUAGCUCCACCCGCUCCUGUAAUAAGCACUGAGUAUGACGCAGAAGAGGAGGGCGACUCUGACGACGAUAACAUGCCUGAAGCACCAAUGCCACCUGUUAUUUCCAAACAAGAGACUCUCGCCAACAAAGCAAAUAAGAACAAACGCAAGAAAAAAAAGAAGAAGGUGGCUAAACAGAAGCGUAAAGAGGCCAAACAACAAGACACAGACAAAACUAAGAGUCAGAAAUCCAAAUCAAGUGAUAAGGAGAAUGAAAAAGAAGUUGAAAUUGAAUAUGUGCAAGAAAGUAUCCAUUUCCACGAGAUGGAGCCAAUGUACCGCCAGUUCCAUCGUAUUCUUGAAUCGUUCAAGAUUACAGAGAAGAAGGACGAAUUGAAAGACGAGCUUGGCAAGGAUGCUCCUAAACCAAGUCAGAAGCCACUCGAAAAGGUUACAGAUCAGUUCGCGGCUGAUGAAGAAGCAGUUGAGAAACACGCAGCGGACGAGAAGGAGCGUCUAUCGAAACGCAAGCUCAAAAAGCUGUCGCGACUGUCCGUGGCAGAACUGAAGCAGCUAGUUGCGCGCCCCGACGUGGUGGAGAUGUACGACGUGACCGCGCGCGACCCCAAGCUCCUCGUCCAGCUGAAAGCGCACCGCAACACCGUGCAAGUGCCGCGGCACUGGUGCUACAAGCGGAAGUAUUUGCAAGGCAAGCGUGGUAUAGAGAAACCGCCGUUCGACCUUCCGGACUUCAUCAAGAAGACUGGCAUCAUGGAGAUGAGGGCUUCGCUACAAGACAAGGAAGAAACCAAAACGCUCAAAGCUAAGAUGCGAGAACGAUCACGGCCCAAACUCGGGAAGAUUGAUAUCGACUACCAAAAAUUGCACGAUGCUUUCUUCAAAUGGCAGACAAAGCCCCGCAUGACAAUCCACGGCGAUCUGUAUUACGAGGGCAAGGAGUUUGAGACCCGGUUGCGUGAGAAGAAGCCGGGCGAUCUAUCCGAAGAGCUGCGAACUGCACUCGGUAUGCCAGUUGGACCCGGAUCACAUAAGGUUCCCCCACCAUGGCUGAUCGCGCAGCAACGCUACGGGCCGCCGCCGUCGUAUCCCAACCUGAAGAUUCCCGGUCUCAACGCACCCAUUCCAGACGCCUGUGCCUUUGGCUACCACGCCGGCGGCUGGGGCAAGCCGCCCGUCGACGAGGCCGGGAAACCACUCUACGGCGACGUGUUCGGACACCAGAGCCAAGGGCAGGAUGAUGCCGAAGACCAAGACAUCGACAGGACAAUGUGGGGCGAAUUAGAAUCUGAAUCUGAAGAGGAAUCCGAGGAAGAGGAAUCCGACGAAGGCGAGGGUGAAAACCAAGGAGAGAACGAUGUGGCAGCUGGAGUGGCGACACCUGGUGAGGGUCUCGUCACACCACUCGGCAUCAGCUCAGUGCCGCCAGGCGUCGAGACGCCGGACACUAUAGAACUGAGGAAGAAAAAGCUGGACUCCGAUAUCGAAGGCGGCGACACCCCCGCGUUGUACCAAGUUCUGCCCGAGAGGCGCGUGGGGUUGACGUCCGGUAUGAUGGCUUCAACUCACGUCUACGAUAUCAACGCGGCUAACCCUGGUAAGAGAGCUGUGAGCGCACCAGGGGUUAGUUCUGAUGCCGCGUCAGGAGGCGUGGAAGUAGCGCUCGAUCCAUCAGAGUUAGAACUGGAGCCUGAGGCUGUAGCGGCGAGAUACGAGAGACAUUUGAGAGAGACCAGGCCCAAAGGAAGAGAGGACCUGUCAGACAUGCUUGCUGACCACGUCGCUAGGCAAAAGAACAAACGGAAACGACAGCAAAAUACGGAUUCGAAGCAAGCAAAGAAAUACAAAGAAUUCAAAUUCUAAUUGUAUAUAUAUUAUAUAAGUUUAAUUGUAUUAUUUUAAGUAUGCAAAAUAGUAAUGUGAUUGUGAGUGAAGCUCACAUGUACUUAUUACCUGACGAAAAUAAAACACUGAAAUACUUA